AUGCUUUUCACAGACCAGCAAUGUCAAACCCGGUAUAUUAUGAAAAACAUGAAGACAAAGUGGGCUUCUGCGCGUGAAGAUGAGGGUCGCACUGGUAAUUGCGGCCCUAUCAGACGUCCUAAGCAUUACUCAAUCAUGAAGGACUAUUGGGGAGAUGCAACGGGCAUGAACAACCGCCCGCAUCUAAGUGCCGAGAACAUGGAUACUAUUGCAGCCGCAUGUGACGCAGUGAUCCGUGUAAAGCGUACUCAAGGUGAGUGUGUUGAAGCUAAUUUAGGAGCUGUCGCCAAGGGAUUUAGCGAAGGCCUGGUGGUACUAGGGAAAGGCCUUGCUGACAAGCAAACUGAGCUUUUCCAGAUUCAGAGCGACCGAGCGCACGCUCAAACCCUGCAGCUGCUAGAGCAAAUUGAAACCCAGAGCGAGCAACUUCGUCAACAGAACCAAAACAUGAGAGAGCUGCUAAAUUUGAUUCGUCACAGAAACUAG